AUUAAACAUCGGCAUGUAAGAAAAUUCUUUGAUAUCUUCUCGAUGUGAUACGAAGUAUAAUAAAACGAAAGACUCAAUCACAUCUUUUGGAGGAAAAGACGGAGACGAAGAUCAGAGUGAAAGAAAAAAAAUGAUAUAGUGAUCAAAUGAUUGCCUUUUUUAACGUUUGCUUGUGUAACCGACUGCCUCUGAACAUGGCGGGUCCACAGAGCAGGUGAAUGAACAGCCUUUGGUGAUAGUGAGAGAAAAAAAGAAGACUGACAAGAAACGGAAAGAUAGGACACGGGUGCCAUGGUCGAGGUGGGGUUCAUGAGCCGACUGUGACCCAGCAUGAGUUACUCUUCCCUGGGACCUCAUGGGCGUGUCAGCCCCUCUUCGGAGGCCUAGUCCCGCCCUGACCUGACCCCUGGGCCAGUCUAAGGUCAGAGGUUAGCCAUGUCCUCGGGGGCGGUGCAACGGGAGCCUGCAGGGGCGGCCCAAGGUGGCGCCUCCCCGCAGCAGUUCUACGCACACGGGCUGGAGGGCUGCUCGCAGAAGGAGCUACAUCUGGCGGCACUGGGCUCGCUCAAAGGGGAGAUCCUAGAAUUAUCGUCUCGCCUCAAAUUGGUUUCUCAGGAACGGGACAUGCUGGAGAAAACGCUUACAGUCACGCAGCUGGAAAAGGUGCGAGUGGAGCGAGAGAGCGAGGACAGACUAGACUCCCAGGCCCAGCGCUAUGAGGAGAGACUCACCGAACUGCACUCCGUCAUCGCCGAACUCUCCCGCAAAAUCGACCAGCAGAGGAUCAACGUCAUCACCGAAGAGGAGGCGGCGGUUCCUGAGGACUACUCGCAGUCGGAACUCUCGCACGAUCAGCACGAUGCCACUGAAGAUUCAACGAGCGAGGCUGUCGAAUCUGAAGAACACGCUGAGGAGAACAGGGAGAACACAGCCACGGAUGCUUCGACAUCUUGUGACAUAGAUGACAGAGCUGUGGAGGCCGGAGAAGGAAUCGCAGACCUAGAUGUGAGUGAGUGCCCCAGAGGCAGUGGAGAUACAAGCAGCUGCCGAGCUUCAGGGGAUGAGCCUUGCCGUUCUUUAAGUGCUUUGGAGGAGGAAGUGAAAGCACUAAGAGAGGAAAACAUGAGUCUCCAACAUGCUCUUGCCGUUGCACAACACAGUGCCUCAACUCAUCGUAAUGCCCUUACAACCCUCACUCAGGAGAGGGAUGCACUUCGCAAAAAGCUUCGCGAAUAUCAAAGAAUGCAGCCAGCAAUGCCACCACAGUCACCCCAAGUCGCUGAUGCUGUCACAGUACGUGGGUUAAGAGGAGCUCCCUUGGCUGCCUUCACUGCCACUUCAGGAGGAUCGGCACCCAGUGGUUCUGGUCCUGGCACAGUGUCUCCUUCUCCCUCCCCUCAACCCCCAGAGAGCCACACACCCACUCAGGAUGAAACGCCUAUUAUAUGCAGAUUGGCGGAGAGGGUUCGUCUUAAGAAAGCUGAAAGUGGAGACCAACGAAUAACAGGCUCAGACCUGAGUAGUGUAGGCGUGUGGACGACUGCUGUGGCGGAGCAGUUAGUUGCGGGAGUUCAGGAAGAGAGUGAUGCCCAGGAGCUCUACCAUGCUCUUGCCACUGCAGGAGGUGCGCUAGCUCCUCAUGAAAGACUAAAGGAGUUUGAAGUGGAGAUAGAGAGACUGCAUGCUAAGGUGGAUCAUUUGAAAGCACAGAAUGAUGUGUUGGCCAUUACUCUUAGUGAAUCGAAAGCACACUGUGAUCAUUUGAGUAUUCUCAUAGGGAAAUAUGAAUCAAAUUCGACUGCCUUACAACUAGCAGUGACCAACUUAGACCAGACUAUAGAAGCCUAUGAAGUGUUAGUGGCACUCCUGGAAAGUGAGAUUGCAUUAUUAUUUGCCAGUUGCAAAGCUGCGGGUGUUGGGGUGAAGGGAAAUACAGGGGGGAGUGUUGCAGACCAGGAAGACCUUGUGGCACUUGUAAGAAGAGCCCAGGAGCAACGAAGGUCGACAGAAAAUGUUGCCCGGCAUUUACUUUCCCGUCUGGAGAGGGCCAGCGGAAUGCAGAAUGAUUCAGAAAACUGGAAUGAGGCCAGUAUUAGCCAUAAUACAAGCACUGCCUCAUCCACAUCAAGUGGAGUAGACUCUGAUGUGAGCCGAGGAGAGGAACAGCGCCUUCGAGAAACUAUCGGAAAAAUGCGGGAAGAGAGAAGUCAGGUUGCAGCCUCCAUCCUCCCACUCGAGUCAAUCCAUGUAGAUCCACUCACCCGGCAUUAUCCACUCAGCCUUCAUGAUGCUCACAAGCUGGACCUUGAGAAUGCAGUGUUGAUGCAGGAACUCACAGCAAUGAGGGAGGAUCGGGCUGAACUAAGAGCUCAGGUAUACCUAAUAGAAAGGGAGAAAGCAGGUCUAGAGCUAAGGGUGGGAACGUGUGAAGCCCAAGCAGCUGCCUAUUGUGCGACCAUCGACCAUUUAAGAUCUGAAUUAUCCCUAGCACGUCCUGAUGGCAGUAAUGAUGUGGAAGGAGAAGGGGACAGUGGUGUCGACUCAUCAUCACCCGAAAUCAUGGAAGCAUUACGCCGUGAAAGGCAGCUGAAAGUGCGUGUCCAGGACCUAGUCACGACUCUAGAGAAGGUGACCAAAAAUUCAGAAGCUCGGCAUAUGCAGUCGCAAGAGUUCAUCAACGACCUUAAGAAGGCUAAUGGAGCUUUGCUAACGGCUGUUGAUCGUCUAAAAAAGAAAUACGCAUUGAAGGUAAAGAGGAUGGAGCAACAGAUGAUGGGGAUGGUUGACCGCCAUGCUCACCAGGUCCGGGUUCUGAAGCAGAGGAUUGCCAACCUGGAAGAUGAUCCUGGGUCGCAGCAAACACAGAUGAUCUCGACAGCGAGUGAAACUUCCCUUUGAAAUCACAAUUUUUUUUAGAAUUAAAAAUUGAGAAUUAAGAUUCCUCUGAAGUGGUAAAUGAGCUUCAUGCUUCUGUUAUAUGGUGUUCUACAAAGAUUUUUUUUAUUGUGUGUUUGUGUGUAUGUAUGUGUGUGAGGCAAUGAAAAUUGUAAGGAAAGAGAGUUGAUAUUAUUAUUUAUUUUCAGAAGUAAUGUUUUUGAGAAAUGUUUAUUGUAAAAUUUAAUGAAAGGUCACAAAAUUUGCAAUUUAGCAAGUAAUUGCACAAAAAGUAUAGUAUCAAAAUAUUAAUCAGAGUUUAAAUAUUUAUGAAAUGUUUAUAAAAAACUGAAUCACUUUUAAUAAUUUAAGACAAGUGUUAUAUAUAUACAAUUAGGACUUUAUUUACACAAUUAGGCAAGAAGAAGAGAAAUAUCCAAUAACAGUUAGACAAAAAAAAAAAAAAUAAAAUGAGGUAUUUCUUCAUGAUAGAAAGCAGUUGUUAUUUUUUAUCCUUUCUUUUAUUCAGUCAUGUUAUUUAUCAUAUUAUUAUUAUUAUUAUUAUUAUUAAUAUUAUUACUAUUAUUAUUAUAUGAUUCACCAUGUUCAAAUUCCCCAAAAUUAUGCAUCGUGGUAAGAUCCUCAGGUAUAAUAUAUCAGGGAGAGCAAGAAGGGGAAAUGCAGGUGGAUGAAUAAAACUAAUGAAACACAGACCUGAUGAGUAAUGGGAGAGAAAAGUCAGUAAGAAAAAGUGAAUAGAACAUGCAUAUGAAAUAAAAAAUAGAAUGUAGAGGUGUAUAAAUAUUUACAUUUUUGGUGUAGAGAGACACCAAAAGAUUUUUCUAAAUUUCUUUCAAUAAACAUAGGAUUGAAAAAUGUGUAUUUAUCUUUAUUGUUUUCUUCUUUUGUCUGUUAAGAUUUUGCUUAGAAAUAAUGAAAAAAAAACACUGAAUAUGAAAUGGAAGUUUGUGGAAAGAAAUGAAAGAGGGAGAAGAAAAGAAGAAAGCUAAAGAAACAAAGAUGAAGCUAGUUGGCUGUGAAUCUUUUACAAUGAAUAGUGAUGGAUACUGUUGAAUUUUUCUUUCAACCUAAUUAGCAUAUGCAUGGUGACUCUGCUGUAUCUCUGGCUUCCUUUCAUACAACAAAACAUCACUGUACAAUAUCAUACCAUUUUUUUGUGAAAUCAUGUCAUUUUCACUUUGAAAAUAUUGAGACACCGAGAGAAGAAAAAUGACUUGCUGACUUGCAAAAUGUGAAAAACUCUAUUUAGGAAGUUUGCUUACAUGCAUUUUUUUUUUCUUUUACAUGUCCAAAAUAUAUAUAAAAAAAAGUUGAAUUACAUAUGUAAGCGAAAGUUUAAGCUCUGCAUAAGUGUUAUUUCUCAAAUAAUGCAGUAUCACAAAAUGUCUAAGAUGUGUAAAAGAACUCUAGAAGAUGCUGGUAAAAUGCAGAACAUUUCCAGUAUAACUAAUAUUGUAAUUUGAGCCUUUCUGAAUUACAGUGAGAAUUUCUUUUUAGUAUUUUGUUAGUAUUAUAUCAGUUGAUGUUGUUUCAAGAUCAUGUCUCUUUUUUAUAAUCUACGAUAUAGUUCAGAAUCAUGUUUCUUUGACUGAUAGAUUACACAAUGGGCUCAUUUUGGAGUUGCAGACAGAGAAAGAAAGACAGGGAGAAAAAGAUGGAGAACAUCAUAAUAAAAAUAUGAUAUAGAGUUUUUUAAAGUUAAUAAUCUUGCAUACUCAACAGUGGUAAUUAGAGAAGUGUGCCAAACUAGUCCAAUGUAUAUUAAAUAGACAAAAUAUUACAAUACUAAAGAGGAAUAAGGUAAAAGAACAGAAUUUCAAAGUACAAAAUCCUUGCUCUCCUGUUGCGCAAUGAUGAGUGCAAACCUGCUCUGAUCAGUAUCUCAAAAGAUAUCCCAGAAUAUCAGUGUCACAUCACUUUUAUUCACAUGUCAUAUCAUAAACAGUAUACUUUGUGAAAUCCAUUAGAUAGGAUUUGAUAGUUUGAAAACAUGAAGGUAGUUGCAUAAUCAUUCAGUUUUAGUGAUAAGUAGUUUUUAUGUGUUUCAUUAUCUACAUUCAUCCAAAUAGCAUCAUCCAGUACACGUUAGUUCUUUUGUCUCAAACAUUAACGAGGCCAUAGAAACCCCCAUUUUUUCUCUCUUUUUUAUUGUAUUAGGCAUUUUUGGUGUUUCCUAAAGAAGACUUUUUGUACUAUUUUUAUUCAUAUGGCUUGAUCUCAAGAUGUCUCACUGAGCUGCAGUAAACUUGCCUUUUAUUUGCUAUAAUGCUUAUGGACAAUGACAUGAGAAUGGGUUGGGUAUAAGUGAGUGUACAUAUUAUUUCUAAGUUACUAAUAAUUUUGUAUGUGACCACUAUUUUUGUUUAAAGAUUGACUAUUUAGGUUGAUUAAUAUUAUUUCUAUCAUUCUUUUAUUUUAUCAUUCUGGUUAUUCGCAGUUGAUACGCAUUAGAUUUUAAUGCUUUAUUAGAUUUAAAAAUUAAUGAUCAGUUAUGUCAUUUUUAUCUCAAGAAAUUUUAUCAUUAUUAUUAUCAUUGUUAUUCUUAUUCUUAUUCUUAUUCUUAUU